GGAUGUUGACGGCGUCACCUAGCAACGGGAGAUGGCGGAACCGGGCGGCGCGGCUGGCGGGUCUCAUCCGGAAGAUGGAUUGGCUUCUGAGGGAGAGAAGGAAGGGAAUAAUGAAAGCCACAUGGCGUCACCACCAGAGAAGGAUGAUGGCCAGAAAAGUGAAGAAGCUGUCGGUAGCACAGAGCAUCCUGAAGAAGUCACAACCCAAGCGGAAGCUGCAAUUGAAGAGGGGGAGGUCCAGACAGAAGGGGAAGCUGCCUUGGAAGGGGAAACCACAGUGGAAGAGGAGACUGUGUCCUAUGGAGAUGCUGAAAGUGAAGAGGAAUAUUACUAUUCAGAAGCUUCAUCCGCUGAAGGGCAGAUCAGUGCUACAGAUAUGACUUACCCAUAUUUCAGUCCUCAGGAACUGCCUGGAGAGGAGGCAUAUGAUAGUGCUAGUGGGGAAGCUGGUCUUGAAGGCUCCCACCAAGAGGCCACCGGUCCACCAGAAUCCAGAGAAGGGAGGGUCACCUCCCCAGAGCCAUCCCAGAGAGUCUUAGGCCCGUCGGAGCAAAUGGGCCAGGUCACCUCUGGGCCAGCAGUAGGCAGAUUGACAGGAUCCACAGGGGAGCCCCAGGGGCAGGUGCUCCCGAUGGGCGCAUGGCACCGCUUCCGGCUGAGCCACUGGAGCAGCAUGGAGUCCUCGGACCUGGAGGAGUUCAUCCCACAGGAGCCAGUGAUCCCCCCAAGGGUGCCCAAUGCCCACCCCAGGGAAGGAGACCAGCCAGUGUUCCAGGACCAGAUCCAGCAGCCCAGUUCCGAGGAAGAGGCCGUGGCAGAGAGCGUGGAGUCCGAGGGGAGUGACGAGGAAGGAGAAGAUGAAGGAUCCCGACUGGUGGUUUUGGACCCAGACCACCCCCUGAUGGUAAGAUUCCAGGCUGCCCUGAAGAACUACCUGAACCGACAGAUCGAAAAGUUGAAGCUGGACCUCCAAGAGCUGGUCGUGGCUACCAAGCAGAGCCGAGCCCAGCGGCAGGAGCUGGGGGUGAAUCUCUAUGAGGUGCAGCAGCACCUGGUACACCUGCAGAAACUGUUGGAGAAGAGUCACGACCGCCACUCAGUCGCCUCGAGCGAGCGCAGGCAGAAGGAGGAGGAGCUGCAGGGCGCCCGCACACUCUACACCAAGACCUGCGCCGCCGCCAACGAGGAGCGCAAAAAGCUGGCAGCUCUGCAGACUGAGAUGGAGAACUUGGCCUUGCAUCUCUUCUACAUGCAGAAUAUUGACCAGGACAUGCGGGACGACAUCCGUGUGAUGAAGCAAGUGGUGAAGAAGGCCGAGACAGAGAGGAUCCGGGCAGAAAUCGAGAAGAAAAAGCAGGACCUGUAUGUGGACCAGCUCACCACUCGAGCCCAGCAGCUGGAAGAAGACAUUGCCCUGUUUGAGGCUCAGUACUUGGCCCAAGCUGAGGACACCCGGAUUUUAAGGAAAGCAGUGAGUGAGGCCUGCACAGAGAUCGAUGCCAUCUGCAUGGAGAAGAGGCGCAUCCUGCAGCAGUGGGCCACCAGCCUGGUGGGCAUGAAGCACCGUGACGAGGCCCACAGGGCAGUGCUGGAGGCACUCAGAGAAUGCCAGCAUCAAGCCAGGUCCAUCGACAGUGAGAUUGACGCCUAUAAGAAAUCCAUCAUGAAGGAGGAAGAAAAGAACGAGAAGCUGGCGAGCAUCCUGAACCGGACAGAGACGGAAGCCAGACUGCUGCAGAAGCUCACCACCCAGUGCCUGACCAAGCAGGUGGCCCUGCAGAGCCAGUUCAACACUUACAGGCUCACCCUGCAGGACACAGAGGAUGCCCUCAGCCAGGACCAGCUGGAACAAAUGAUACUCACAGAGGAGUUACAGGCCAUCCGCCAAGCCAUCCAGGGCGAGCUGGAGCUCAGGAGGAAGACAGACGCUGCCAUCCGGGAGAAGCUGCAGGAGCACAUGACCUCCAACAAGACCACCAAAUACUUCAACCAGCUCAUCCUGAAGCUGCAGAAGGAGAAGACCAACAUGAUGACACAUCUUUCCAAAAUCGACGGCAACAUUGCCCAGACCACCCUGGACAUCACACACACCAGCAGCAGGCUGGACGCACACCGGAAGACGCUGCUGGAGCUGGACCAGGACGUGAAGAAAGUCAACGAGCUCAUCACCAACAGCCAGAGCGAGAUCUCCCGGCGCACAAUCCUCAUCGAGAGGAAGCAAGGGCUCAUCAACUUCCUCAACAAGCAGCUGGAGCGGAUGGUCUCCGAGCUGGGGGGGGAAGAAGUGGGGCCCCUGGAGCUUGAAAUCAAAAGGCUGAGCAAGCUGAUCGAAGAGCACAACACCAAGGCGGUCCAGGCCCAGGUGACCUGGCUGCGCCUGCAGCAGGAGAUGGUCAAGGUGACACAGGAGCAGGAGGCACAGCUGGCCUCCCUGGACGCGUCCAAGAAGGAGCUCCACAUCAUGGAGCAGAAGAAACUACGAGUAGAAAGCAAGAUUGAGCAGGAGAAGAAGGAGCAAAAGGAGAUCGAGCACCACAUGAAGGACCUGGACAAUGACCUGAAGAAGCUCAACGUGCUGAUGAAUAAAAACCGGUGCAGCUCGGAGGAGCUGGAGCAGAACAACCGGGUGACGGAGAAUGAAUUCGUGCGCUCGCUGAAGGACUCUGAGAGGGAGACCAUCAAGAUGCAGGACAAGCUGAACCAGCUCAGCGAGGAGAAGGCGACCCUCCUCAAUCAACUGGUGGAAGCAGAACACCAGAUUAUGCUUUGGGAGAAAAAAAUCCAACUGGCAAAAGAGAUGCGUUCUUCAGUGGAUUCCAAGAUCGGCCAGACGGAGAUCCGGGCCAUGAAGGGCGAGAUCCACAGGAUGAAGAUCAGGCUUGGGCGGCUGCUGAAGCAGCAGGAGAAGAUGAUCCGCGCCAUGGAGCUGGCGGUUGCCCGCAGAGAGACCGUCAUCACCCAGGCCGAGGGGCAGCGCAAGAUGGACAGGAAGGCGCUCACCCGCACCGAGUUCCACCACAAACAGCUUGAGCUGCGCCGGAAAAUCAGGGACGUUCGAAAGGCCACUGAGGAGUGCACCAAAACCGUCCUGGAACUGGAAGAAACCCAAAGAAAUGUGAGCAGCUCCCUCCUAGAGAAGCAGGAAAAGCUGUCGGUGAUACAGGCAGACUUCGACACACUUGAGGCCAACCUCACCCGGCUUGGGGCUCUCAAACGACAGAACCUUUCAGAGAUCGUGGCCCUGCAGACGCGCCUUAAGCACCUGCAGGCUGUGAAGGAGGGGCGCUACGUGUUCCUGUUCCGCUCCAAGCAGUCCCUAGUGCUGGAGCGCCAGCGCCUGGACAAGCGGCUGGGUCUCAUCGCCACCAUCCUGGACCGCGUGCGGGACGAGUACCCCCAGUUCCAGGAGGUCCUGCACAAAAUCAGCCAGACGAUCACCAACAAGCUCGAGUCACCGGGGCCCUCCUAGGGAGCAGCGUGGACCCCGUCUUGCAAGGAAGAGAUCUGGAAUUGUGUUUAUUAUGAGGGACUUGGAAUCUUUUGUGUUCCUAAAAACCACAGGUACCCCUAGAAGGGCAUCGUUUAAGAGAAAUAAGCCAGCCCCACCUGUAGGAAUCUUUUUAGCCACUCAGCAGUUUAAUAAACCAAGUAAAAUUCUA